AUGGGAGGCAAUUUUCAGAGCGGGUCAUCUUCAGUUGAUUGUUUCCUCAAUUUCUGGGACAGGACGACGUCGGCAUUGCAAACACUGCACAAGGUUAGCAGCAAAGCCAGGGAGCACAACUACUUUCUGAGUGGCCUAACGCACGAGUGGGUCGCACACUAUGAAGGCUGUAUCUCCAGCGACCAGUCCUGCCUCAACGAAUGGCAUGCCAUGGACAGCCUGGAAUCGAGGCGACCUCCUUCGCCAGAUUCCGUCAGGCAUAAGCCCACGGAAAGGGAGGAAACCGAAAGGGUAAUCAGGACUGCAUUGAAGGAGAUUAUGAUGACAGUAGAUUUAGACGAGGUCACGUCGAAGCAAGUCAGAUCGAAAUUAGAAGAAUCCUUAGACGUCGAUCUCGGCGAAUUUAAAGUAUGCCAUAUACUGAAUGUUACAAGGGAAAUAGACAACUUUUUUCCAGGAAUGUUUGAUUACCUCAACAUUAGAGUUUACGAUGACGAGAAAACUGAUCUCCUUAAACAUUGGGACAAUACUUUCAAAUAUAUAUCAAAAGCCAAGAAAGAUGGUUCCAAAGUUCUAGUUCACUGUAAGAUGGGAGUAAGUCGAUCGGCCUCGGUCGUUAUCGCUUACGCAAUGAAAGCUUACAGUUGGGACUUGAAGAAAGCUCUUAAUUAUGUACAAAAUAAACGUCAGUGUAUUAAGCCAAAUUCGAGCUUUAUUUCACAACUCGAAACGUAUCAGGGUAUAUUAGACGCAAUGAAAAAUCGUGAAAAGCUACAACGUUCUAAGUCUGAAACUAACCUUAAGUCUAAGCAUCCGACGAGAGGAGAGAAGAGGAGCAGUGAGAAAGAGGAUAACGUUAAAGAUAGCGAUGUGGACAUGAAAGAGGUCCCCCCACCAGCACCUCCUCCUCCGCCACCCCUCCCCCCUUUCCCGCCCAUCCCAGAGGCUCGGAAUUACAAUAUCAACGUCAGGAUGCCCUGCAACGGGCUUACCUAUAGCGUUUCUCAAAAUAAAAUUCUUCAUUUACCAUGCUUACAGAGUCAAGAGAAUGGAGUAUCUUCUGUCAAAACGAGGAUAAGUGCCCUUGAAUCUCAGAAAGCAAUGGAUCGAAGAAGAAAAGGUGACAGACGGGGUCUUGUUCUCAAUCUUACUUCCCAGUUCGAAGAAGAAAGAACAGAAAGGAGGGGUCGAGAUUUGUUUUCUUCUCAGCUUGAUAGGGUUUUCGAUCGAGAGGAAACGGUUUCAAGACAGAACUCUUGGAGCUCAUUUGACAGUGGUAUGGCCGCUGGGGAAGGGGUUUCAAGACAGAGCAGCUGGGGAUCCGGCGACACGAGGGGCAUUGCUCCGUCGAGGAACAGUUCCUGGGGUUCGUACGACAUUCGCACGCAGCCUCCGGAAACAGGACUUGUAAAAAACCUCAAGAAAGAGUUUGAAGCGAAAAGUGGCGGUGGUAGUGGGGGUAGUGAAAGCCUUCCUUCGUCGCCGACGAGCGACCAGUGCGAGCGGCCGAGCCCUUCCGGAUCCCUGGAGGAGCUGUCCGUGCGGCAGCUGGUCGGAAGGUACGAGGCUCCGCCCCCUCGUCCCCAGCCCCCCGCGCAGCCUGCGCUGCCCGCACCUGUCGUUCGGACUGCCAUCGUACCCAGAGUUGUUGUGACUAGUGUACUAGCCAAAGCAGCGCAUAAGAAACAACAGCAAGGAAAGACGCAUCCCCUUGCGAGGCUUACUCGACAUUCUAAUCCUGUCUAUAAUACUAUGUAAUUUUAUCAAAAAAGACUUGAGGACUUAUCUUGACAACUUUUUCUUCCUCAUUUGCUUUUUAUUUUAUUUUUUUGUUUUUUCUUUACUUUUUUUUUAUAUAAGGAACUUUAUUUUUUAUAUGAUUGAAUUGUAUCUCACUGCCUUUUUAAGUUAAGGUGUUUUUAUUUUCAAAACGUGGACAUUUCCAAUUUAUAAUAAUUAUUUUUUAUUAAAAGAACAUCACAAUCGGCCUGCCAUUGAUUGGUGGUAAUAUCGAAUAGAAUCUCUAGCUUUUUGGUAAGUCGCCCAAGUGGCCCAAUGUAUCUAGUCCAAUCGUGUGAGAUUGCACAUUGUGUAAAUUUUUUUUGUUGAUUUGUGAAUACUCACCGAUCAGUAUGUAAUUGUCAAGUGUAAAUUUUUAUAUUAUAUAGUUUAUACAAAAUAAGUAAAAAAUAGAUAUUUCGUUGUUA